AUGAUCUCAUGUGAGGGAAUUUUCCUGCUGGACGUAGUGUUUGAAAGUCCGGUUCGGUCCGGUUUUUUGAUGCCCAGGGGCGUUAACCGUAACCGUAACCGGUCUGCAUUUUCCCCAGAUGUCAAAAGACCAGACCGGACCGCAAAAAGACCGCAGACUGCGGUUUUUUGCGGUCUAUAGACCGGUUUCGGUCUGCAUCGGUUUUAACUGGUUUAUGACCGGUCUUUAGGCCAAUAUUUUAAAAUUAUUAAUCGGUAAAUUUAUUAACAUUUUUAAUAGCUUCAAAACGAGCCCAAGAACGUUAAAUUCCGUUAGGAAUUGGUGCUUCUAUAAAAUAAGUCUGGUACAUCUAUUAUUCCCCAAAGUAAUUUACA